AUGGGCCGUGUCUACCUGGGCUCAGCUGGCCAGCGGAUGGCACGAAUCAGCAAGGCACCUCAGCUUGGAGGGACAUCGAGGCUGGAGGUAGCCUACACCUCACCAGGGUCUGACUCCUGGCAGGGUGAGCCUGAGCUUUGCUGUGAUAAGUACUUGCUGAAUGCAUUCUGUCUCUUUCUGCAUCUAGGUGGUACAUGCCAGAGCCCUGCUCUUCCAGCCCUAGUGCGUCCUCCUGCUCCACCUUUGCAGCCAUCACUGGAUAUUAAACCAUUUCUUCCGUUUCCUCUGGACACGGCCGCAGCAGUCAAUCUCUUCCCCAACUUCAAUGCAAUGGACCCAAUUCAAAAAGCUGUAAUAAAUCAUACAUUUGGGGUUCCUCUUCCUCAUCGAAGAAAGCAAAUCAUAUCAUGCAGCAUUUGCCAGCUGAGAUUUAAUUCUGACAGCCAGGCUGCGGCCCACUACAAAGGCACUAAACAUGCCAAGAAGCUCAAAGCACUGGAAGCCAUGAAAAAUAAGCAGAAAUCUGUUACUACCAAGGACAGCGCAAAGACUACCUUCACUUCCAUCACUACCAAUACCAUCAAUACCAGCUCUGACAAAACAGACGUUACCACAGGGACACCAGCAAUAUCAACAACAACCACCGUGGAAAUCCGGAAGAGCAGUGUUAUGACAACUGAGAUCACGUCUAAAGUGGAGAAAAUCCCCACGACAGCCACUAGCAGCACCACAUGCCCUUCUGUUGAGACUGAGGAAGAAAAGGCAAAAAGACUGCUGUACUGUUCACUAUGCAAAGUCGCUGUCAACUCUGCCUCACAGCUCGAGGCGCACAACAGUGGGACUAAGCACAAAACUAUGCUGGAAGCUCGGAAUGGAAGUGGAACCAUAAAAGCCUUUCCUCGGGCAGGUGUAAAAGGCAAAGGACCUGUGAAUAAAGGAAACACAGGCCUUCAGAACAAAACAUUUCACUGUGAAAUAUGUGAUGUGCACGUAAACUCUGAGACACAACUGAAACAGCACAUAAGCAGUAGAAGGCACAAAGACAGAGCUGCUGGGAAGCCACCUAAACCUAAAUACAGCCCUUACAACAAACUCCAAAAGGGAACACAUCCUCUAGGGGUAAAAUUAGUAUUUUCAAAGGAACCUUCAAAGCCGAUGGCUCCACGAAUCUUACCAAAUCCACUAGCAGCUGCAGCAGCAGCUGCCGCUGUGGGNGUGAAUUCCCCUUUCAGUCUUCGCACAGCCCCAGCAGCCACCCUUUUCCAGACUUCAGCCCUUCCUCCAGCACUCCUCCGACCAGCUCCAGGGCCUAUACGGACCACCCAUACUCCUGUGCUGUUUGCUCCUUACUGA